CCUCUCAUAAAGACAACAUGGGGCGGCAAUUGUGGCAGACUUCGUAAGAAAGUUUACUCUCUGAUCACAGUCAGACCACCGUUUUUAACCGGAGCGGUGAUCCUACUGACUUAUACAAUUGGAUCUACUACUCUUAAACCAAUUUUCAAGGAACUUUUCAUUCGGGACUUGACAGAGAAACCUCUAGAUCAACAAUAAUAUGGGAAAAGAAAAUACCUAUUUGGUCACCGUUUGGAUAAUUCUUGCAAAUAUCUGUGCAUCUUUUUCAAGUACACCAGAACAAACACUUUUUGGUAACAACAACUCUACUGAAUGGCUUGAGGACUACACUGACAUUCUAUCCAAGUUCUCCCUGAGAACCGCUGCGGUACCAGAUGAUGACCUGUGCUAUAUUGUUCCUGGCCAGCCCUUAACCAUCCCAAAGUGUGAAUUCAACUCUGAGACUCAGACGUUCGUGGUUAUUCAUGGAUGGACGGUCACAGGGCUGUUUGAGAGCUGGGUCCCUAAGCUGGUGACAGCGCUGUAUGAGAGGGAGCCCAAGGCCAACGUUAUCGUGGUGGACUGGCUGACCCGGGCCCAGCAGCAUUAUCCUACCUCCGCCGCUUACACCAAGCUGGUGGGCAGAGACGUGGCCAAGUUUGUCAACUGGCUGCAGAAAACACUGGACUACCCCUGGGAGAGGAUACAUCUGCUGGGAUACAGUCUGGGGGCUCAUGUAGCCGGCAUCGCCGGUCUCCUCACCAACCACAAAGUCAGCAGGAUCACAGGUUUGGACCCAGCCGGCCCAACCUUUGAGCACGCUGACACCCAGAGCACCCUGUCCCCUGAUGAUGCUCUCUUCGUGGACGUUCUGCACACCAACACCCGGGGCUCCCCAGACCGCAGCAUCGGCAUCCAGAGACCGGUGGGCCAUGUGGACAUCUACCCCAACGGAGGAACCUUCCAGCCAGGCUGUGACCUUCAGAACACCAUGAUGAUGAUUGCCACCACAGGCAUCCAUAAUAUGGACCAGAUUGUGAAGUGUUCCCACGAGCGCUCCAUCCACCUGUUCAUCGACUCGCUGGUGAACGCAGCAGAGCAUCAGAGCAUGGCCUACCGCUGCAGCUCCAAGGAGGCCUUCAUGAAGGGAAUGUGUCUCAACUGCCGCAAGAACCGUUGCAACAAGGUGGGCUACGGCGUCAACAAGGUCCGCCUGCCCCGGAGCACCAAGAUGUACCUCAAGACCCGCGAGAUGAUGCCCUUCAAACUUUUCCAUUACCAAGUGAAGGUGCAUUUCUUCAGCAGCGAGAAACUGGACUACACUGAGCAGCCCAUGAAAAUCUCUCUGUACGGAACCCAUGAUGAGAAGACAGACAUUCCCUACAUCAUGCCCUUCCUGAACACUAACAGCACCGUGUCCUUCCUGCUGACCACCGACGUGGACAUCGGGGAGCUGCUUAUGGUCAAGCUGCGUUGGGAGAAAGACGCUUACUUCAGCUGGUCUGACUGGUGGGGUAACAGCAACUUCCACAUCCGCAAAAUGCGUGUCAAGGCCGGGGAGACUCAGUCCAAGGUGAUCUUCAGCGCUAAAGAUGGAGAGUUUGCCUACCUCGUCAGAGGAAAAGACGACGCAGUCUUUGUCAAAUCAAAAGAGGACAACAUGAGCCGGAAAGAGAAAACGAUGCACAGACUCAAGAUGCAGGGAAGCCUCUUCAAGAAGAACACUGCAUGAAGCAGCACUUGAAUACAGUCUGGAUGAAGCCAGGGAGAACGUGCUGGAGAGAAGAUAUGGGAUGUUAGUCUCUGACAUGUACUGUUUUCUGCCUUCCAUUCUGUCAUCUCCAUCCCCAAGCACAAUCUAUAUCACUUUGUCCACUGUGCUGGGAGUCAGUUUAUGGGCUUUUUCUUCUAUUAACCGUCAUCAUGGAGUGUUACAAAUGUCAUUCUAAAGUUAUGGUUAUGACUUUGUCUAACAUCGCUACAUUAUCUUUGUAAUCCUUCAUCUGUGUUCAUGUAUACAAAUCACAUCAAUGUAUUUCUAACCCUAUUAGGGUAGUUCCGAUUCAAACUUGUGAUUCAAAGAGAUUGACAUAGCUUCUGCUUUUAGACACAUUCGGUAUGCACACUAUAAUAGUCAUGUCACUAAUGCCAUCAUGCCUAAACCACUAACUGCCACCACCACAGGGACCAAAGAUGGUGAUACUGUCUACUGAGUUGAAUAUUACAGUGAUCUGUGUACAUGGCUUUUCAAUCAGUGUUAUACAGUAUAUAUUUUUUUAUUUAACUAGGCAGGUCAGUUAAGAACAAAUUCUUAUUUUCAAUGACAGCCUAGGAACAGUUCAGGGGCAGAACAACAGAGUUGUACCUUGUCAGCGCGGGGAUUUGAACUUGCAACCUUUCAAUUGCUAGUCCAACGCUCUAACCACUAGGCUACCCUGCCGCCCCAAUAUGAGUUGUUGUAGAUGAAUUCCCUGCUUGUUCUUUGUGUGCAUUUGGUUAUUGUGUUUGGCACGGGUCACUUUAAGGGCGUUAAUCCAUGUCAGUCAAUUUGAUCAUUCAACAACUAGUCAAACUGGAUUGUUGUGUUUAGAUGAAUAUUUAAUUUGCCACUUGACUUGAGAAGAAUAGAGGUCACAAGCAGAAGUUAGCAUUUCCUAAAAACUUCUAUAAAUUCCUUUAUAGGUCAAAAAUGAUGUGGAAACAAUUACCUUAACUCUAUUGGUCAAUCAUGCCCUUUUGAAAGGUCAAACAAAAUGCUACACUAAAUACAGAACAUAUGUGAGCCUUUGCAAACAUUGGUGGACAGCCCUACAUAAUAGCCAUAAUGUUUCAUAUUGUAUUUAUUGAAUGUACCUGUAUAUAUUUGUAUAUUAAGCUGUAAUAUAUUUGGGCAAGUUUCCAUUGCUGUCUUUGUUUUUAUAGCUUUGUGAUUUAACACGUGUGGUUUUGGACAGACUGAUCAAAUUGGUCUCCAUGCCAGCUGAUGAGUACAUUUACAAUUAUGAACUGAAAUGCAGUGCACUGUAUGAAGGAAAAUCAUGAUACUUUAAUAAAAUGACUACAUUAUA